AUGGCUCAGUCUGGAAAGCAAGCUCAAUCAUCGCAAGGAAGAGCUCUUGAGUUUCUUGAUCUGAGUUCUCAUAGUGACGAUCGGAUGCAAAAGUCAAUGCGUGAAAUAGGGCCAGAUGGAUCCCUUUGCUCAAUCUCAGCUCUUCUAUGGACACUCAAUGCGACGGGACUUUCGACAGUGGAUGCUGAGACACUAGGAGCUUUCCUCUACAGCCUCGGACAGAUAGAUUCCGAUCGUGUCCUCAAUAUAACGCGCACUGAGCAGAUACUGCGGAUUAGCGGGCUUCGUUUCCGAGAGCGUGAGAUCGAAAAUGCUCUGGUAGGAUUACAACGGCUCGAGAACGGGUGGCUCAUUAGUGGUACACUGAGCUGUUUAAUGUGUGGAUCUAGUACUCGUCUGGUUGUAACUGUAGGAGGUAUCACUUGCGACCGUCAACGUCAUGUCUUCUCCGAUCUCACAAGUCUUGACUCAGACGAUGGCUUGAUGCCAGAUGAAGAGUCGGCAUGUUCCAUGGAUAACAGAGAAUUCAAUUGGACGGACGCAAUAACUGAGUCCUUGGUGGGCGUUCAUAGUUGUGUGAGUGACAUGAACUAG